AUGUAGCCUGUAGCCCACUUGUUUCUUCAGUCCGCGUUCUUUGACAAAGCGUCUAACUUACAUCCUCAUCCCUCUCUACAUAUUCGUUUGGCGUACAUCACGACGUGCUGAUGCUCUGAUUCUCGCAAUCGUCAUGACGUCACUGACGCGAAUAACUGCAUACCAAUAGAACCACUCAGAAAACAUGGAUUAUGGGCGCGCUCAAUCUGCUCCCGUGCUCCCGACAGUAAAUAGUGGGAAAGGCGAAACGAACAAUUUGCCUAACUUGUCAGCGUUCAUCGAUGCCGACCCUAGAGCGAUCUUCAUCGUGCCAAUUCACUUGAAAUCACCAGUACCGUUUGAGCUGCUGCUCUGCAACGAGGCAUUCCACAACAAAGGUUUGCAAAAUGCAGUCCUCGGAUCUGACCAUGUGGCUGGCCAAUUUAGAGCUUGGUGUCAGGCUGUGAUCCACUGGAGAGAGCGUUAUUACUUUGCAGGCGUGACUUGGACAGCCUUCAGAAUCGAAGGGCGUUGGAAAUGCAUUUGCGCGUCGCCGACCAGCCCAGAGGCCGGCGAGGGUGCACAUGACUCUCCGAAUAGCCCAUUGAGCCCAAACCACGAAGUUCAGAAUUUAAACGAAGUCAAAAUUGCUGAUGCAAGGCUUGCCAGUUUGUAUCGCAUGAUGGAAAUGUCGGAUGUGGGCACAUUUGAAUAUUCACCAGAAGGAAAGCUCAUGCGCGCAAACGAUUCUUGGUACAGGUUGAGCCUUCACCCCAGGGAGAAAGAUACACAUCGAGAUUUUUCCUUCAUGGAUUUGGUCUAUCCAGCAGACGGACCACUUGUCUUAUCACAGUGGAAUAAACUAGCUCAAGGCAUUCCAGUCACUUUCGAGAUGCGCUGGAAGGGUCGGGCCUUCGGAAAGACGGAUGUCGGUGAUGGCGUGGAGGACGCUCAGUGGGUGCUCUCAGCUUGCGUCCCUAUUCUCGACGACCAAGGCAACCUUGUCAGUAUCGCAGGCAACACCAUCGACAUCAAUGCCCAGAAACGGGUGCAGGAACAGGCACUCCAAAGGGCAGAGGCACUGGAAAUGGCGAGAGCCAGUGAACGAAAAUUUUCCCAGUUUGCGCAGUUGGCACCAAUCGCAAUCUACAUCUUGGACCCGGCAGGUUCAAUGACAUAUUGCAACAGCCGCUUUUUUGAGCUCACGGGUCAUCCUCCUGUAGAUGAUUACCGCCGUGUGAACUGGGAGAAGCACAUCGUGUAUCCUGAAGACGAAGCUGUGGUCGAUAACCAAUGGAAGACUCUAUUGGAAGAAAAGCAGAGAUCACAUGCUUAUAUGCGUUUGAAGAAGACAUGGGACGUUGGAGACGGGGUGCAGAGACAAGUUUGGGUAGAAAGCCAGGCUUUCCCGGAGCUCGACUCAGAAGGUCACCUCGUUUCCAUCUUUGGGACUCUCACAAACAUUUCGCAAUUCAAAUGGGCGGAGGACAUCCAGCGAACCCGAUUUGAGGAAGCUUUGGAAGCAAAACGAAAGCAGGAGAAUUUCAUUGACAUGACAUCUCACGAAAUGCGGAACCCCCUAUCAGCCGUCAUUCAAAGUGCGGAUUCGACCAUUGGAUCGCUCAAGACGGUGUCGAAGAUUAUUUCCAAGUUAAACCCUGAAGAACGAGCUGAAAUCGAGAAUGAAUUGAGGCUAUCUCUAGACUCAUUAAACACGAUUAUUUCGUGUUCUUUGCAUCAAAAACGUGUCGUGGAUGAUAUUCUAACCCUCUCCAAGAUGGAUAGCAAUCUGAUGACAAUUAGCCCAGUACGUGUCGAGCCAGCGAACAUUGUUUCGCAUGCUGUGCACAUGUUUGAGCUGGAAUGCCAAAAAGACGAUAUUGAGCUUGAAUUUGUGGAGGAUCCUUCACUCAAAGGCACGGGAGCAACGCAUGUGAUGAUGGACCCAUCACGAUGCCUGCAAGUCCUUAUUAAUCUCAUCACAAAUGCAAUAAAAUUCACAAGGGAUAGAAAAGUACGCAAGAUCACAGUCUCAUUAGGCGCGUCCCUCGAGAGGCCGACCCAUUUUUGUGAUGGAAUUUCUUACGCUCCAGUCACCACGGAUACUGGGAAUCUGCUCGAAGAUGAGGAUUGGGGACAUGGACAAGUUGUCUACAUUUGGAUACAAUGUCAAGAUACCGGUUGUGGGCUCUCUCGCGACGAACAGGGAAAUCUCUUCACUCGAUUUACUCAAGCCACCCCACGGACUCAUAUUCGAUAUGGAGGCAGUGGUCUUGGCCUCUUCAUUUCAAAGAAACUUACAGAAUUACAGGGAGGUGCGAUUGGCGCAUACUCUGAGCCGGACGUUGGCUCAACUUUUGCAUUCUUCGUCGCUACGCGUAUUGCAACGCCACCAACGCCGUUGAAGCUGGAUGGCGAUAAGGAUCCAUUGAUGACGCCGGCCCCUUCGCGUUCAACCGGCAUGGCUCCACCUAAGGGUAAUCCGCAUUAUGUGGUCUUGAUUGUUGAGGAUAAUUUGGUCAAUCAAAAAGUACUUUCACAGCAACUGCGGAAAGUUGGUUGUGAAGUCUACGUCGCAAACCAUGGACGUGAGGCGCUGGAUUUUCUAACCAAGACCAGGUUCUGGGUCCAACAACCACAGUCAAACUCAUCAUCCGAAAGUAGCACUCCAUCAGAAAAUUUGAUCGACCUCUCAGUCAUACUCAUGGACAUUGAAAUGCCGGUUAUGGAUGGCCUGGCAUGCACUCGCGAGAUUCGCGAGCUGCAGCGCUCUGGACAGAUAAUCACUCACAUACCCAUAAUCGCAGUCAGUGCCAACGCACGAAGCGAGCAGGUUUUUCAGGCAAGAGAAGCAGGCAUCGAUGAUACCAUAUCCAAACCCUUCAGGAUACUGGAACUGAUGCCCAAGAUUGAAACGUUGGUCUACGGGGAGGAGUCCCAGUUAAUUAUCAAUCACGCAACGGGCGGUGAAUAACUUUAGAUAUGUGUCUUAUCUAGAUAAGAUGGCAGUCCGAAACCCAGAACAGCAUGCGCAUGUAGAGAGAUCGUUCAUCGCAGUCACUGCCUGUCGAGGAGAUCACAUCCUUCCAAUCUUGAAGUGGGUAGAUACAGAAACGGGCACAAGCUUCCAAGGCCACCCUCUUGUCUCCGUGGGCAAUAAGCAUAAGGCUUCUUCAAGGCUCUCAAAGCCUGACGCGUUUUGACUACGGCGACGGCCAUCACAUUUCGAGGCUAGUAAGCUGCAAGACACGAGAUGUCUCAGCGACAUGGCCAAUAAUUUAUCAAUUACGGAACAAACUGUGCAUUUCCGAGAUUCUAGCUGGUAUUACAAGUAUAGGCAGUCUCUUGGCAAACACGGAACAUAGAGCGCUAGUCGCUUCUAGAUAACUUAGCAUGGGAAGUCUUCAGGGAUGACAGACUCUGUCAAGCAAUACCCUAUAAACUUGGACAUUCUGAUUGAUAAAAUACACUACAAAGCCAGACAUGCCUGUCUUGUGACCAGCAACGCUCGAAGAGAUCAGAAAUGAAUAUUGACGCUUGAAAUCCUGAGAAACCAAAAGCUGAGGGAGAGGUUUACUAGAUAUAUUUCUAGAUCGGAAUCUCUGUGCAUCCAACUCCUGGGGUAUUUCCGUCAAAAGCCCCUUUUUUGAAUUACCUAAAAGAGAACACGUUACGUUCACAAGGUUUUCCUCAGCCAGCCUUUCUACUCUGCCUAUUUUUGAUAAAAGCUUGCAGUUGUCGGAUAUCACUUACGAAAAACUUCAUGAGUUGAUCUUUGCGCCACAUCACAACGCCUAGCUGCUCCGCGUAGUCCACCACAUCCUUGUAUUCUGCAAAGUUCGAAAAAUCCUGCAGCAUAAAACCGAUGGUGGUCUUCAUCCGGUCUUCCUCCAACUGCCACAGGCGGAUCUGAUCCACAACUGUGGGCGGUAAUAUGGGAUUGUUGCGCAGCAUCUGUGGAUGAGCAUGAGUUGUCAGAUAUGCGAUGAUUUGGUCGCUCGUGAUGCCCUGCUGGAUAGCACGGUUGAUCGAGU